AUGGCGGCUCUCGCCAGCUCGUUGAUCCGCCAGCGGCGGGAAGUGAAGGACCCCCAGGCCAACCGGCAGGUGGCCAACAAGAGGAAGCCGUGCCCCAAGGCCAACAAGUCCCUGUGCCAGAAACAGAUAUUAUUACUCAUUUCAAAAGUCCGACUAUGUGGCAAUCGAGGCCGAAAAUUAGAAAAAAGACCGGAGCCCCAACUGAAAGGCAUUGUCACGAGACUCUACAACCGGCAUGGCUUCUACCUCCAGAUGCUUCCGGAUGGCACCAUGGACGGCACAAAGGACGAAAGCAGCUCCUUCUUGCAGUUCAACUUGAUUCCUGUGGGCCUGAGGAUAGUAGCCAUCCAGAGCACUAAGACAGGGCUCUACAUUGGGAUGAACAGCGAUGGAUACCUCUACACUUCGGUCAGACACACCAGUUCCCGUCUCUCCCAACCCUGCUCCCCUCCUCUACCCCUCUCAGACUAG